CUACGGCUGCUACCUCCUUAGAUACACUCCAUGCAGGUGCUUCUACAGUACCGACUCGACUGACCUCCACUACUAACCUUGCGGUAACUCUACCUUACUUACUGACGUCGCGUCUUUACCUCCUCUGCCCCAGGCAACAUCCAUCAAGACCGUUAAACUCCCGAUAAUCGUUCUGUGUUUAAUAACCCCCCGUUUACGCUACGUGUCCGUUUGUUUACGACGAUAUCGAUCUUCCGACUUGUCUCAACCAUAAAGAAACUACUUCAUCCAACUUGACCUCAUCUCCGAGGGAUCCCGCAAUCAUGGCCGACUCUGCCAACGCCCCGAAGCCCAGCAGCAGCGUCAAGCUGGUGCUUCUCGGUGAAGCCGCCGUCGGAAAGUCGUCUCUCGUUUUGCGCUUCGUUAACAACGACUUCCAAGAAAACAAGGAACCCACUAUUGGUGCCGCCUUCUUGACCCAAAAAUGCAACCUCCCCACAAGGACAAUCAAGUUUGAGAUUUGGGAUACCGCCGGCCAGGAGCGCUUCGCCUCACUGGCUCCAAUGUACUACCGAAAUGCUCAGGCCGCUCUCGUCGUUUAUGAUCUCACCAAACCUACAUCUCUGAUCAAGGCCAAGCACUGGGUUGCAGAGUUGCAGCGACAAGCAUCUCCCGGCAUCGUUAUCGCACUGGUUGGCAACAAGCUGGAUCUUACGGGUGACUCUGGCGCUGCUGCUGAUGGUGAAGAUGGUGAGGAAGGGGACGACUCUGGCGACGCACGCAAGGUUCCAACAGAAGAGGCUCAGGCAUACGCGGAAGAGGAGGGAUUACUAUUCUUUGAGACCAGUGCCAAGAGCGGACAUAACGUUACCGAGGUUUUCACUGCCAUCGCAAACGCCAUACCCGAGACGUCAUUGAAGAGUGCCAGAGGAGCUGGCGCAUCGAAUGCUACCAGCCGGGCAGGCGAGGAGCAAAGAGUGAAUCUCGGUGGUCCCAAGGAUGUUGGUGCUAAGGACAGCUGUGCUUGCUAGACGGAGUCAAGUGGCGUAUGGGUCGAUGAGGGUGAGAGGAUGAGUUGGAGGUGCACACGACAAUUGAUUUUGUAUUGCACGUUAUGCUGCCCUUUUCCUGCGAGCCGUUUGCUUGGGAUUGAUGCUGAGGAGAGCAUGGGAGUUGACUCUGCGGUUUUUUCGUUUCUUUUCCUGUUACUACCUAGCUGAGUUUUGUUGCGGCAUGUAUGGACAAUUAGUGGUCUUGUCUAUCUCUUUCUCGUAAUAACAAAACUGAUGGACUGAGCAUAUACCACUUCCAAAAGGCUUUGGGAAAGAGUUUCUUUUGUAUCAGGAACUAGGUACCUGUGUACCUCUUGUGUGCUCUAACAAUAUCAGUCGCUAGCCUAACCCAAACAACGAUUCAUUAAUCGUUUUUCACUUGUUUAAG